CAUCUGGAAGGGCCUCUUCUGACUUCUUUACGUCACCAAACGUCAUCAGGAAGUCCACUGACUGCUGCUGAAACCAAGGCGACAUCAUGGCAGAAUACACAGACCCACGUGAGUGUGACUGUGAUGGAGUUGCUGACGAGAUGCCCGAGCUCUCUGACGGUGAUGAUGAAGACAUUGAUAAUGAUGAAGAGCAGUGGAUGGAGGAGGAGGACGAGGAGGACAGUCAGCCAGUUGCCGUUACCUGUCUGUUCUGUGACAGGUUGCUGAGCUCUGUGCCUGCCACCCUGCAGCACUGCACGGCUGAGCACCAGGUCAACCUUGUAGACUUGAUAAGAAAACACAAUUUAGAUGACUACGGUUACAUAAAGAUGAUCAACUACAUACGGUCAACAAAAUGUGUUGCAUCCUGUCUGACGGGGCUGCCAGACGCUCCCUUACCCUGGGAGGGCGAAGACUUCCUGCGACCAGUCCUACAGGAUGACCCCCUGCUGCAGACAGACCCUGAGGAGCUCUGUGAGGGGUCGAGCCUGUCGAUGUGCCCGUCGUCUGGGGCAGAGUCCCAUGAUGCACUGCAGCAGAGGGCACGGGCCGCUGAGGAGAGAGCCCGAAGCUCAGAGGAGGCCCUGGCCAGAGCCAUGGAUGACCUGCACAAACUGAAGCUGCUGGCCCAGGGUUUGGUGCUGAACGCAGAAACCAGCAGAUCUGGUAACACGGGUGCUGUGGCCGAGCUCCGGGAGGACGAGGACGAGGCCUACUUCAGCUCAUACGGCCAUUAUAGCAUCCACGAGGAGAUGCUGAAGGAUAAAGUGCGCACGGAGAGUUACCGUGACUUCAUGUACCGCAACCCCGAAGUGUUCAGAGACAAGGUGGUGCUCGAUGUGGGCUGUGGGACCGGCAUACUGUCCAUGUUCGCUGCCAGAGCUGGGGCCAAGAAGGUCCUAGCAGUCGACCAAUCGGAAAUCAUCUAUCAGGCCAUGGACAUAGUCAGGUCCAACCAGCUGGAGGACAAGAUCACUCUGAUCAAAGGCCGCAUAGAAGACAUCAAGCUCCCUGUGGAGAAGGUGGACAUCAUCAUCUCAGAAUGGAUGGGUUACUUCUUGCUGUUUGAGUCCAUGUUGGACUCUGUCCUGUAUGCCAGAGACCUCUACCUGGCUGACGGUGGCUCAGUAUAUCCAGACCUUUGUAACAUCAGCCUGGCAGCGGUCGGAGACACACAGAAGCACCAAGACCAUAUUGCAUUCUGGGAUGACGUGUAUGGCUUCGACAUGGCGUGCAUGAAGAAGGCAGUGGUGCCUGAGGCUAUGGUGGAAGUGGUGAAAACAGAAACACUCAUCUCUGAACCUACAGUCAUACAGACAAUUGACUGUAACAGAGUGUGUCUGUCUGAGCUGGAGUUUGCCUCCGAUUUCUGCUUGAAGAUAACAAACACCACAGACUGCACGCCACCUGUCAUUUAUCAGAGAUGCUGUGCAAAAGGAGCGAGGCAGUACAACCAGCAGAGACAUCUGUCAGCUCAUGUUGAUGGAUUAUGUUUCGGUAUUUAGGAGGAUGUCUGUCAGUUUGAUCUUUAAUCGAGUUUCAAAUCGAAUCAGAGCAGUGAGGCUAAUGUGACUUUGAAUUACAUGUCAUACAACUUGGUGAAUGUUCACAGCCUGCUUGCCCUGUCAUUUUCUCAAACGCCAAAACACACACGCUUAAACAAUCACAAGCCGCCUCUCACAAUGGACUGGAGCCGGAAAUAGUUGCGGCGUGUGCCUUUCCUGUAGAUACCUGUCCCGGUCAUAUAUCCACUCAACCAAAGCUGAGUUAUUUUUUAUGCUUCAGCCUUGUCCCCUUACACAUGGUACAUACUUGUCUGACAUGUCAACGUACGGUAAAUUGACUAACUUCAUUCAGACAAAUAGGUAGCCAGGACAGUCUAUUUAACAGAUUGUUUGUGACCUCAAGGUUCUACUCUUUCAACCGUUACAGGAAGUACACUCACAGGAAAGGUUAAUGUCUGUGAGAAUGCAGAGAAUGUUGAUGCUUUUAAAAGCAAACUAAAUACCUACCUUUUUAGUCUGGCUUUGAAUUGGGCCGCAUUCAUUUAUCUCUUUAUGUAUCUGUCUCUUUAUCUAUGCAUUUUAGCCUGUUUUACUUUUUGGUGUAUGUUGGUAUAUACCAAGUUGGAGUUUUUAUCCAUUUCUAAUCCUGCCUCUGAUGUUUCCUCACUGUAAACUGAUGAGAUUUAUGAUAGCGUUUCCUCAGCUCCGGAUUUUAUUGUUUAGUGAAUGCUGUUAUUAAUUACAAAGCCAAAAUCGAUACAGCAUAGU